AUGUCUGCGACUAGCGAGCAAAACCCCUCGAUCGCGAGGAGCAGAUCGCGGUAUCGUCGCAAUCGCCCGACGGAUGCGCUCCCUCCUCCUCCCGCGAUUUCGAACCAGCACGAGAACAGAGACAAUGCGCAGGCUAAGCCCACGAAAAACGCGAAACGCGAUGAGGAGGAUGCGCGCGCGCGCGAAGCGCAUCGACAGAACACAAUGGAACAAUUGACUGGAGGAGACAACGCGACGCAACUCCCUCGGCGGCCUAACGGGUCGGCGAAAGAGGCAAGUCGCGCCGAACGCUCGCGCACACACGACAUCACGCCGGACACCCAUCGCAAAUCUUUCUUCGACAAGGUCAAACUGUCCAAAGUCAAAUCGGCUGUCACCAAAUCCGACCCUGUUCCGAAGUACAUUGGGGUGGGUGGAACUGGUGUGGUCCCUGGAGUUGAUGCGCCUGUGAGUGCUGUCAACGCUGGGGAGCGUCGUGUUGUUGCGCAGUAUGGGGAUGCCUCUGCCAACCUCACCAUCACACCGUCAACCUCGGUUCAAGAUCUAUUGCUGGAUGCGACCAAACGGCUGUCUAAGGAUAUCAACCCUGAGAAGUUUAUUGUUAUGGAGUCGUUUUGUCAGCUUGGCUUGGAACGUCCCCUUCGUCGCUUUGAGCGUAUCCGAGAUGUCAUGAAUUCCUGGGCUACAGAUGCCGACAACCGCUUCAUCAUUAUCCCUCCCUCCAGUGUGGAGGCACUGGCUCAGCUGGAAGCAGCACAUGUUCCCAGCGAGCAGCCAUCGUCUGAAACCGUCUAUAUUUACCAUUCCCAGCGUCGUCGCAAGUGGGACAAGCGAUAUGUGACUAUGCGUGCCGACGGACAGGUCACUAUUGCGAAAAAGGAGAACGCCAAGGAUCAUACCAACAUCUGCCAUUUGUCUGACUUCGACAUCUACUUCCCCAGCGCUCGAGCUUUGAGCAAAGAUAUCAAACCACCGAAGAAGAUCUGCUUUGCAAUCAAAAGUCAACAGAAGUCUUCAAUGUUUCUCUCUACAGAGAACUUUGUGCACUUCUUCUCGACCAGCGACAAGACAAUUGCGGACAAGUGGUAUCGGGCCACUCAACAAUGGAGGAGUUGGUAUUUGGCUAACAAGGUUGGAGUAGCAGAGAAAUCGGAGGUCGAUGCACUCAAGCGCUCUGGGACCAAGAAGUCGACUCGCCAGCACAAACAAGCGCCAAUCGAAGUCCCACUUCUACAACGAGAGAACAGACCCGAGUCUUCGAGAGAUGGAAGCUCUGAUUACCAGAGGCCAUCAGGCUCCAAGGAGAUGUUCUCUCGGAAGAAAACCACCCGUGGGCAUGUGCCGCCGCCAUCUUCAUACCCCCAGGACCUGCCACUCGAUUGCGAGUCUCACGCUUCAAGAGCAGACAAAGAGCCAUUGGUGCAUGGCGUCAUGCCCGCAGAAGUGGAAGCUGCUACGUUCUCCCCAACGGGACUCCUAGGCCGAACAUACACCCAACGCCAGACCGCCAUGCGCGAACGCGAGGAUCGUGAAAAGCGCUCUAUGCAAGAUCCUUUCACAGGCACCGGCUUGAUGGGCACAGGCUCAGUCCACCACGACUCAAACCCCAACAGCCGAACCAACACCAUGACCCGAGUCCCAGAUACAACCUUCUUCAAUCGAACUCAAUCCCUCAGCCAAUCCAACUCCUUCGACCAGAAGAACAAACCCCUCGUCGACCUAACCCCAGUCUUCGUCGAGCCACCCCAACACAGCAGAAAAGGCAAAGGCCAUGGCGUAAGAGUCGAACCAGGAGUGCAAUUAAUCGAAGGAGCAACGGGCCCAGGCCUGACACAAGGCUCAGUAGCCAUCCCACCAACGACCUCCUGGCGUCGACCACCCGCAGAUACCCCACCCCAGCGACGAAACACAACUCGCAGCGUGCGACACCCUCCAAAAUCAUAUGCGGGAUCACAUUCCGCAGACGCGAGCCCAGUCUCUACAAGCAAUCAAUUCACACCGAAUAGUCUCCUCGCCCAUUCUUCCAGUGUCGCUCCUACACCGCAGAGAAAGGGCCACGGCGUGGCAACCGGCGAUCGUAACGCUACAAAGCCGUUACUCGAUAUGUCCCCCGAAAAUCCAUUCGCGGAUGGAAGUCUCCUCCGACAACUUUGA